AUGUCUACUUCUACCGACUCCUCGGGCACGCUCAUGGUCCCUAGCCUCAACGGCACCAUCAUUCCGUACUCCCAGUGUAGAAUCGACACUUGCUCACUUUCCUACGCACAAGUCCAGUAUCAGCCCACUGAAAACGGCAACCUCGCCUACUUGAUCAUCUUUGCCGCUGUGCUAUUUGCCCAGUCUGUUCUUGGAAUCAUAUACCGAACAUGGGGGUUCUCCAUCUCCAUGGCGCUUGGCCUGGUGCUCGAGGUCAUAGGAUAUGUAGGACGUGUACAGAUGCACAAUGACCCUUUCAAGAUGGAUCCCUUUCUAAUAUACCUCAUCUGCCUGACGAUUGGUCCUGCCUUCCUAUCGGCAGCUAUCUAUCUAUCCCUUUCGCGACUCAUUGUAGCCCACGGAGCAUACCUGGCUCGCUUUGCGCCUCGCACCUACACGAUAAUCUUUGUGACAUGUGACAUCAUCAGUCUAGUCCUACAAGCGACGGGUGGUGCAUUUGCUGCCAGCGACGGCGAUGCCAGUCUGAAACAGACGGGCGUCAAUAUCAUGAUCGCCGGUUUGUCGUUCCAGGUGGCCAGUCUCUUGACAUUUAUCGUCCUUUCAGCGGACUUUUGGUGGAGAUUAAGAGGCACAAAUGGGGUUUACGAACAGAAAGAUUUAAAACUGAAAACGUCAACAAUGUUCAAGGCGUUUCCGUGGGCGACCGGAAUCGCCACGAUAGCAAUAUUCAUUCGAUGUGUCUACCGCUUGGCAGAGUUGCAGGAAGGUUUCGCCGGAAAAUUGGCAAAUGACGAGGUUCUGUUCAUGAUUUUUGAAGCCAGACAUUAUGCUGCAACGAUCAUCAUGGGGCACAUGCGCGCUAUCGACGGAACAAGAGAUAUUCAUGACACACUGGGUUGCGGAAAUACAUGGCACUACCUAGAGAAGUUGCAGCUAGACACUUUGAUCGAGUCGAAAGACCAGGAUAUCCUGCAUGUGUAUGAAUGCCCACUUCUGCUGAUAUUUCUCGGGUUCGACCGUUCAGUCAUGGAGCAAAAAGAUCGAGCCUCGGCCGAAUAUCCCCGAUAUCUAGCUUACAAGUGUGCCCUUUCGGGCCUGCCUUCCCUCAAACUCCUCAGCCGUCCCCGGCAUACCACUCCGCGACCCAGCGCACUCGAGCCGGAGGCCAGUCGUUUGUGGGGACCUCAGGCCGAUUGUCGGCUCUCCGAGCGAAGACCAACUCGGAUUCUAAGCUUGUACGGUCCCCAGUCUGAUAUGAUGAUGCAUGAGGCUAAUUUUCACUGGGAGGCUUCUGGAGAAGCAGCUUUACAGAUCCUCAAUAUGUUUGACAACGACGUCGCACAUCUAAUUGAGGGCCCUGACAUUGACAGACCACGAAAUGCCCCGACAUUGACCCCCUAUCUGCACCAGGAUUUUGGCGAUUUCCAGAAAUACUUGGAGCCUACCGGCACGUCAAAUACCUACCGAAUCCAUCGAUGA